AUGUCGAUGAACGACGGUGAAGUACAUCUAUUACCUUUAAUUGAUAAUAAUGAUUUCGAUAAUUCAUCAAGUGAAUCAGAAGAUGAUGAUUCUAUCGAAGUCGUGUCAAAUGUGGAUGAAGAAGAAAAUAAAAUUAUUGAUAUGACAAAAUAUUUAACAUUUAGCUCCGAUGAUGAAUCGGAAAUUGAUGAUAAUGCUAAUGAUAUUACAUUACUUGAUAAUCAUAUUAUUCAUUGUUCUAACAUUAAUGAUCGUACUCAAAGUUCUGCACCUGAUGGUACAUGUUUAGAUUCUGGUUCUGAUGUAUCAGAUGAUGAUGUAAAUGAACACCAUCCAUCCAAUGAAUGUGCCACUAAUUCAACAUCAUAUUCAUUACCAGUUACAACUGAUGUCAGUGAAUCGAAAAAUGAUACCAAAAAAACUUCAAAACGUAAACGUCGUCAGUGGUCGAUAGUUGAAAAGCUUAAUGCUAUUAAUACUUUUAAAUCCAAUGGAAGUAAACAUCGAACUGCCGUUGAACACGGUUGCACAACGGCUCAAUUACGAAAAUGGUUAAACUGUGAAAAUGAAUUACUCAAUAUUGUAAAAAGUCGUAAACGACGUAGAUUAGGUGGUGCAGGGAAAAAGUUAAAAUAUAUUGAUCUUGAUUUAAAACUAUUAGUCUGGUUUCGUGAACGAAGAGGUAAAAUUGAUUCAAACUCCACCACCUGCAACAACAAUUUAAAUAUUCCACGUGAAAAAGUUACAUUAAAACAGCUUCGACGACAAGGUGUUAAAUUAAGUGUUGAAUUAAAUCAUGAACCACCAUCAUGCAAAUGGUAUUAUCGAUUUUUGUCGCGUCAUAGAUUAUCUCUUCAGCGUCCAAAACGUCAACAAAAAAUUCCUUUAACAGAUGCAUAUAAACAUGCUACUUCAUUUUAUUCUUACAUACGUCGUGCCAACAAAUGGGGUCCUAAACGAGGACCAAUGGGAGCUUUUACACCACGUGAUAUAUGUAAUAUGGACGAAAGUCCUCUUGAACUAUUUGGUGAUCAAAGCAAACGUAGUAUUAAUGAUAUAGGUACAUCAAAUGAUAUUGAAGGUUAUUUAACCAAUAAACGUUUUGCUACAUUAAUUCUUACUGUAUUUGCUGAAGAUAAUUCUCGAGUAGGUCCUAUUCUGCUUUUUAAAGGCCAAGGUCGUGUUGCAGCAACAGAAAAAGGUCAAUAUGCUCAAGGAGUUCAUGUGUUUUUUACACCAAAAGGCGUAAUAAAUGGUACAACAAUGGAUCGUUAUGUACAAUUAUGGUGGUCGAAAGUUAAAGAUCCUCAUCCAAAGUUAAUGAUUGCUGAUAGUGCAAAUUCUCAUCUAAAUGCUGAUGUUAUUCGUGAUUUACGUAAAAAACGAGUAGUAGUUGCUAUUAUACCAAAAGGUUGCACCAUGUAUGUACAGGUGCUUGAUGUUUCUGUUUUUUCAGUUUUUAAGAAUCAUUACGACGAUGUUGUCGAAGAAUAUAUUGAUCACAAUGGACCAAGAAGUAAAAUAAAACUUACAGCAUCUCAAUCACGUAUUCUUUGCACCAGAUUUACAUGGUCUGCAUGGUUACGAACAUUAAAAACUAUCGAUUUUCGUAAAGCAUUUCGAGAUAUUGGUUACGUCUGGUCAGAUGAUUCACCUUUUUCCCUUCUUACAAUGCCUGGCUACACAUUUGAUCCAAGUUCGGCUGACUGGGUAUCGUCAAUGAAUGAUGAGAACGACACAGAAGAUCGUAUUGAUAUUGUCGCUGAUAAAGCAUCAGAGCAACAACAACAUACUCAAUCAUUAGCUACACGAUCAAAACAACUAACAUUAUUUAAUAUGUGGAAAAAAUAA